AUGAUGAAAUCCUUCAUGAUAGCCGCUCCAAAGAGGAACCUUUCGUCGUUCCAUGGGGUCAGGUUCGACGCUGAAGCUCGAAAUGGCUUUCGAGGAAUUUCAAGUUUUCUGUCAUCAUCCACCGUUUACAAUAUGAAGAAUACCACCACCAUUGAGGAGACCCAGGCGAUCUCACCGUUGAAGCGGGAAAUAACGAGGAAUUACACUGUGAUGUGCAGAGAUUCCGCUUUGAAAUCUAAUCGAACGCGGAUGGUGAUUCAAAGAGAGUCAUCACCCUUCACCAAGGGAUUGUCCUUACGAACGAAUUCGGAUGAAAAGAAAUCCAAUGAGGGAACUGAUUUCUUUGUAGGAACCAACUCGGAAGAAGAAACUCUUCCUCCUCCCAUUCCCGGUGACAGUGGUGAGGAAGACCUUGCAUUUGAAGACCCAAAUGAGGACAAACAUCCCCCAGAAGAUCUGGAUGGCGAUCGGGCCGACUUUACCGUUCCCAUUGUUAUCAACAUGCCCGAUAUGAACGAUGAUAACCUGAUCAGUGAGAUUGAGAAAUGGUACAAGGAGCCCGGUGAUAUCAUCAAGCGCAAUGAUAUCUUGUGUGAUAUUACAACUCCCGACUUUACCUUUGGAAUGGUGACGGAAGAUGACUUUGAUGCCAUCAUGGGGGAGCAUCAUGUCAAGGAAGGUGAAUCGGCUAGAGAUAACGCGCCGAUUUGUACCAUCUAUCAUCAGCCCGAUCCUGGUGCUGCAUCGAAAGGAAAGAAGUAG